AUGUGCAACUCCAAACACCACCAAUUCCUUCAGGAAUUGCCAAAAUGCGAGCACCAUCUACACAUCGAAGGAUCUCUCUCCCCAUCCCUCCUCUUCAGACUCGCAAAAGUCAACAACAUAGCUCUUCCCGACUCUAGCAUCGAUUCGUCAUUUGCCUCGAUCGAGGCACUUGAAGCGCGAUAUGAACGGUUUACCUCACUCAACGACUUCCUCCAUUACUAUUUUAUUGGCAUGUCCGUCUUGAUCAACGCCUCUGAUUUCGAGUCACUGGCAUACGAGUACUUCACACGCGCACACAAAGACGGGGUUCACCACGCAGAGAUAUUCUUCGAUCCACAAGCACAUACUGAGCGUGGGAUUGAAUACAAGACAGUUGUCACAGGAUUAGUUGCGGCCCAAGUCCGAGCUGAGAGAGACUUCGGACUGACUUCAAAACUUAUCUUAUGCUUCCUAAGACAUCUCUCCGCGGGAGACGCAGAUGUUUCGUACGAAAAGGCCGUUGCACUUGGUCAUUUCUCGGAUGGUACGCUGGCUGGUAUUGGAAUGGAUAGCAGUGAAGUUGGCUUCCCGCCAGAGAUUUUCAGAGAGGUCUAUGACAAAGCAUAUGCCGCUGGAAUUCGAAGGACUGCUCAUGCUGGAGAGGAAGGGGAUUCCACAUAUAUCUCCAGAGCGCUGGAUAUCUGCAGAACGGAACGUAUCGAUCACGGUAUCCGUCUAGUGGACGAUGAGGCGCUGCUCAAACGUGUCGCUAAGAACAAGACUUUGGUCACCAUGUGUCCAUUAAGUAAUGUUCGAUUACGAUGUGUGACCAAAGUGGCUGAGUUGCCUAUCCGCAAGUUCUUGGAUGAGGGUGUUCGGUUCAGUAUCAACAGUGAUGAUCCAGCCUAUUUUGGCGGGUAUAUCCUGGACAAUUACUGCGCUGUUCAAGACGCUUUUAGCUUGAGCUUCAAGGACUGGAAGUUCAUCGCCGAGGGCGCUGUUGAGGGCAGUUGGUGCGACGAUGGCAGGAAGGAAGCAUUAUUGCAGAAGGUUCAGGAGUGGGCUGGCCGGUAUGAGGGGAAAUUCUGA